UUGAAUAACACGCACGUUCACACUCAGACACACUCCCUCUCCACUAUGCAGAUCCGACAGUAGUUUGCAAGCACAGGUUCGCUGGCUAUCUGGGCGCUGCUGCAAAGGAUUCUUCGCACUAAGCUCGCCCACAUCCAUUCCCUUCCCGAGCUCUGGCAAGCAGCCGCUGCGCCCUCCCUUCCUUGCCCGAGGCAGCUUCCAGCCAUCAAUUUUUCAGCACUCCUGCUGCACUCCAGUACAGCUAUGAGAGCCAGUCAGGAAGAGUUUGAAAGGGCAAAGGGGCAAGCAAAACUCUUGAAGGAGGAUCCAGGAAAUGAAGUGAAACUAAAACUCUAUGCACUGUUUAAACAGGCUGCUGAGGGGCCGUGUACCUCACCAAAGCCAGGUAUGCUUGACUUUGUCAACAAGGCAAAAUGGGAUGCGUGGAAUGCUCUUGGCAGCUUGCCAAAGGACACUGCCAGGCAGAAUUAUGUGGAUUUAGUAUCAAGUCUGGUUUCCUCUCAGUCCUUAAGCCAAGAAAAGACUUCUUCUAAUGAUAAAAAACCUGAAUAUGAAAACCUGGUAGUCACCAGGGAAGGCAAUAUUACAAAGAUCAUGUUAAACCGCCCCACCAAGAAAAAUGCUAUUGAUGUUAAGAUGUAUAAUGAAAUUAUGCUAGCCCUCGAAGCUGCGGUCAAGGAUGACUCGUUCCUAACCGUUAUCACAGGAAAUGGUGAUUAUUAUUCCAGUGGGAAUGACUUUAGUAAAUUUGCAACAAUUCUACCAAAUGAAAUUGAAAAGAGAAUUGAAGAUGCCUCCAUGUUACUGAGGAAAUUUGUUGACCAUUUUAUAGAUUUCCCCAAGCCUCUAGUUGCAGUGGUAAAUGGCCCUGCUGUAGGAAUCGCAGUUACACUUCUUCCCCUAUUUGACAUCAUAUAUGCAACUGACAGGGCAACAUUUCAGACACCAUUUACUCAACUGGGCCUGAGUCCAGAGGCAUGCUCCUCUUAUACCUUUCCAAAGAUAAUGGGUCCAGCCAAGGCAGCUGAGAUGCUUCUUUUUGGAAGGAAGUUAACAGCCCAAGAAGCUUAUGCUCAAGGACUUAUUACUGAGGUUUUUCCUGAUAGCACUUUUCAGAAAGAAGUUUGGACCAGGUUGAAGGCAUACUCACAACUGCCCCCAAAGACUGUGAUGGCUUCAAAACAGUUGAUUCGAGGUUUUGAAAAAGAGACACUGCACAGAGUUAAUUUUGAAGAAUGUGCUUUAAUUUCUGAAAGAUUGUGCUCUGAUGACUCCAUAAAUGCCAUUGUAAACUUCAUAAAUAGAAAGUCAAAACUCUGAUGGUUUUGAAAAUGAAGAUGAAACAUUUUUGAAUCCAUAAUUAAUUUUCUCUUGUUUAACAUACAUGGGCUAAAACCAGGGUGCCUUUUGCCAUUAUUGAUAACUAUAAUUCACUGUGGACCCACAUAAUUAUGUUAAAUGAUCUUUAGAGCUUCAGUAAAGCUGUUUUCUGUAAUUAUAUA